CGUCUUAAUUUCUGUCACGAAAAAUUUUAACUAUUGUUUGUUUAUUUCUUUGAAUUUCGAUAAAAAGGGGAGAUGGACUUGGUGUCUCAGUCACUUCGAAAAUGUCCUUGUUUGCGCUUCUGUUCCUUCGACUCGUUGUUGGAAUCUUUGGGGGUAAACAAGGAAGAAUUGUGGGUGGUUAUGAAGCACGAAUAAAAGAUUUUCCAUACAUGGUUUCGGUACAAGUGUUCGGUAGACAUCAAUGCGGUGGUGCUCUCAUCAAACCAAACUACGUGGUCACAGCAGCGCAUUGUUACAUCCCAGGAUUACGGUAUGUUGUGAAAGCUGGUGUGGAUGAUCUACAAACUGAAGGUGUGGAGAGCAAAGUACUAGAAGUAACAACACAUCCCCAAUACAACAACGUGUUGCUCGAUUACGAUGUUGCUGUAAUGAAGCUUGAAACGCCCUUAAAAUGUAUCCCGGGAAAAAUACAGAUGGUCAGGUUGCCGGACUACUCUGACGAUGUACCCUUGACUUGGGGAAAGGUGAUUGGAUGGGGAGAGACGUACAACGUCAAAGAGAAGGAGAACAAACUGAGAGCCCUCAAUCUUGAAGUUUACAGGCAGGAGGUUUGCGAAGACGUGGAAAUGUUCCAGAUGAUGGACUCCAUGUUUUGUGCAGGGCAUUUCACUGGCGUCAAGGAUUCUUGUAACGGUGAUUCUGGCGGACCAUUCGUGAUAGGUGGGACUUUGUAUGGGGUGGUGUCUCAUGGAUCGAAAAAAUGCGCUAUAGGAUUCCCUGGGGUGUACACCAAAAUUCCUUUCGUCGUAAACUGGAUCAAAGAAGUGGCUAACUGUUGAACUCUUGAAAGCGAGUGAUGUUCAAUUCUGUAUCCGUAUACUUUGGUAGCUGUAUAUUGAGACAGAAAUGCAUGACAAGAUUUAUA